AUGUCCGAAUACGACAAGAAACACCAGCCAGACCCCUAUACCGAAGAACGAAUCUUUCCAGCCACCACUGCCGACUUAGACGCCAGCUAUGAAGCAUACAAAAGUCAUGAGGGUUCACCCAUCGACCCAGCAGAAGCNAAAAGAGUACUGCGAAAGAUCGACAUGCGUAUCGUUCCCAUCCUCUUCGUCGUCUAUCUCCUCCAAUACCUCGACAAAAACUCCUUGAACUUUGCCGCUGCGUAUGGCUUUCAGAAGGGCACACAUCUGCACAAGCAACAGUAUUCUUGGUUGGGAUCUGUCUUCUACUUUGGAUAUCUGUGGGCGCAAUUUCCAGCAGGAUGGUUGUUGCAGAAGUUGCCUAUUGCCAAGUUUCUUGGUACGACGACUAUUAUCUGGGGUAUCAUUCUCAUCACCACACCAGCAUGCACCAAUUUCGCAGGCGUAGCAACGAAUCGCUUCCUACUGGGCACCUUUGAAGCUGUGGUGAAUCCUGGCUUUGUGCUCAUUAUGGGUAAGGACAACCACUUCUAUCACUGUCCGACUCAUUCUGAUCAUUUUCAACANGGCAUGUGGUGGACUGCCGCCGAACAACCCCUUCGUCUCGAAGCAUACUACUGCACCAACGGCAUUGCAACCAUGGUCGGUGGCCUCCUCGGUUACGCAAUCGGACACAUAACCACCGGCUCCCUCUCUCGCUGGAUGUAUGUGUUCCUCAUCUUCGGCAGUGUCAGCAUCGUCUGGGGUGUUGUGGUACUCGUCUUCAUGCCCGACCUUCCCUCAACUGCAAAAUUCUUGACCGAGAGGGAGAGAUAUGUCGCGGUAGAGAGGGUGGCUAACAACAGGCAAGGAGUCAAGAACAGCCAUUUCAAGAAGUACCAGUUGGUGCAGACGUUACAAGAUCCCAAGACUUGGGUUUUGUUCGUUAUGGCUGUGGGUGCUCAGGUGCCUAAUUCUGCUCUUACGAGUGUAAGUGAUUACUUCCAGGUUUCCAGAAGAGAUGGAAGAAGAGUGGAAAUUGACAAGAUAUCAUCCAGNUUCACUUCCAUUAUCGUUUCCUCCUUCGGCUUCGACACCCUCGGCACCCAGUACUUGCAAAUCCCGGGCGGCUUCAUUCAAUUCGCUGCUCUGCUUGGUGGAGGCUUCGUCUGCUCGCGUUUCCCAAACUCUCGCUGCAUCGUCAUGAUCACCGCAAACUGCAUCUGUAUCAUCGGAGCUGCAAUGCUGGUUGGCCUACCUGCCACCAACAAAUGGGGUAGAUUGGUUGCAUUGUGGUUGUGCUAUUUCCAGGGUCUAGGGUUUAGUAUGAGCUUGACCAUGGUGAGCAGUAAUGUAGCCGGAUACACGAAGAAACAGUGUACGGGUACGAUAUUGUUUGUGGGAUAUUGUGUGGGCAAUAUUAUUGGUAAGAUCCUCCAACUCAUCUUCGACCUUUUGCCAGUCUCGGAUGUCUUGAGCAACGGACAUUGGCUAACAAAAACACACNNAGGACCCCAAACCUUCAGAGACAGCGAGAAACCCGGCUACCACAGCGCUUACAUAGCCAUGUUGGUAGGCUAUGUGGUUAAGCUGGGUAUGGUUGUCGUUCUGUACAUCUACAUGUACACAGCAAACAAGAAACGCGAUCGCGAGGCUGGAAACAUGUCUGCAGAGGAAGAAAGACUGGCAAUCGAGCAGGGCAUGCAAGAUCAGACUGAACUCGACAAUAAAGGAUUCAGGUAUACACUAUAG